CUUCACAAAAGUUCUUAGUAUUGCAUAUACUUGUGCAAAACAAGAACAAUAUAUUACUCUUUGCAGGAAUAAUAGUAGAGCUCCACAGUCCAGGUACUCAAGAGUCUGUAGUAAAGGAUCACGGCUUGAGCCGGGCACAUAAACUUACGCAAAAUGGUUACAGGUAGUUCUUGGUUAGUCCACCAGGUGCAUCUCUUGAAUGUUACGUUGAACCUGUAAAACAACAGUGGUACUUCCACAAAAUAAUUGUCAGUCUCGCGACUUAGUAGCAGUAAAAGAAACAAGAUGAACACGUGAGCUUUACCUGGAAAUUUUCCAUCCCAACCUAGCCUGUCAGGGUGCUUUUUAGGUUGAGACAUGUAGCUGGAAUCACAGGCCUGUGCCCCUUCCAAGGGACUGACUUGUGUGUUCCAAGACACUUGGGAUAGCUUGGAAUCAGUGAUGGUGGGGCUCACGGUUACCGCAAUCUGUACCGCAGCAGCUUGCACCACAGGGGGACAAAAAGUGUUGGUGCCUGUUGGGCUGGCCAAACUUCCUCCUCAGUAGGAGUAGGCUGAGGCACUUCAGUUGGUGCCCGGUGGGUAGGCCUCGGCACAUCUGGACUGGACACUGCUGCUCCUCGACUUGGGGUGUACUUGGGAGCGAUGAAAGCCAUCUUAGGUAGCUUUGACAGGUAACAUUGAAUAUAGUUGUCCCGUGGUUAACGACUGUGAAAUUACCAAGCGGCGGAGGAAGUCUUGUCAAGCCUGCCGCUUCCGCAAGUGCCUGAAAGUUGGAAUGAUGAAGGAAGGUGUGAGGUUGGAUCGAGUGCGCGGUGGUAGACAAAAGUAUAGACGUCCGGUGGAGGUGGAGGCUCCAGAUCCCUGCUCCUACCUUACUGCUCACCAUUCAUUCCAAGGAAAGAAGACAACAAACAAAGUAGUAUCUCAUUUGGUAUUGGUGGAGCCCGGGGAGGUAUUUGCCAGCCCUGAUGUUGACCUUCAAGACAGUGAUCUUCGCACCCUGACCACCCUGUGUGAGCUUAUCAACAGAGAGCUGCUUGUCACCAUUGGCUGGGCCAAACAUGUUCCAGGUUUCUCAGUCCUCUCCUUGGUGGAUCAGAUGGCCCUAUUGCAGAGUGCGUGGAUGGAGGUCCUGGUCCUGGGCAUCGUCUAUCGGUCACUACAGAUGAAUGACGAGCUGGCAGUGGCAGAGAACUUCUUGUUGAGCAGGGAACAGUGCCGCAGUUCAGGUCUUCUCAAUCUUCAUUCGGUUCUGCUUCAGCUGGUCAGGAAGUAUCGAAAAACAAAGCUGGACAAGGAAGAAUUUGUCACCCUGAAGGCCAUGGCUCUCGCUAACUCAGAUUCCAGUAGCAUCGAGAAUGUGGAGUCUGUUCUAAACCUUCAAGAUCGUCUUCACGAAGCCCUACAAGACUACGAGAGGGAACAUCAUUCUGAGGAUCCUCACCGAUCUGGCAAACUUCUCAUGACUUUGCCACUACUCCGCCAGACGGCAAACGAAGCAGUCCGCACCUUCUGCCAGAUCCGGCUGGAAGGCAGGAUUCCCAUGCACAAACUUUUCUUAGAAAUGCUAGAGGCCAAGAUGUGACUGUUCAGGCUCCAACAAGAGAUUGAAUUGUGAACCCUACAUAUGUGGACGCCACACAGCAGCUUCUGAGGAAUGCUAACGUGUCAGUAUGACUUUAGAAUAACUAUAAUCACAGAUUUGGACACAUUGGAAGCUAUGGAUGGUGCUGCACAAGACCACAGUCCAUCACUGUGUAGAAGAUACUGAUCUGGACCAUAGCAAUUGUGUAUGAAACAGGUCUUAGAUAAAAACAACUUCUAGAGGAACAGAUGAUCAUAUACACAUUUCCUUGCAUCUUUCUUUAGAUAUGAGGUGUAGUCUACGAAUUCUAGCACUGUCAGGUUGCAAAGAGAAAUCCCUGUCAAAUGAACAAUGGAUUCAACUGUACAAAUAUCGUACAUAAAUAUUCGUGUCUUGCUAGAUUUCCAUUCUUUGUUAAUCUCCAUUGUAUGUAUCCAAUAAUGCAGUUUAUAUAAUAUAUUGAAAGAAAUUAUUUCUUGUAAAAUAUUCAUCGGUUCUAUUGUUCUGUACAGAAGAAAGGUGUAAAAUAGAAACAUUUUGGUUUCGAUGUCCAAAGGAGUAAAAU